AUGACAUCAAACCUUCUCUCCAGUCUUCAGGCGAAGGGGAAGGGUCGGCCCACUCCUCGGAGUCUCCGUGAGACAAUGGAGGCAGUCACGCUCCAGAGGAUGCUGCAUUCACGCCUGGAGGCUGCAGAGUCGGGAGCUCUACGAAAGGCUGGGAUAUCUGCAAAGUAUUUUGAAGAGCGAUGCACGCGACUCGCACAAAAUGAUCUCGAAGUUAAGCAGCUCGUUGCAGGCUUGCGGCAAAUGCAUGAAGACUCCGUUCAAGGCAUUCUCCCCCUGCUCCCUGGACUGGAGCUGCCUGAAGAGCUGACGCAAGAACGCGUCUUGCAGAUCCUCCACAAAAUUCAGAGGCUCAAAGAGCAAAAGUUCAGAGAGAUUUUGCAAUCCACCAGUGACAAGGAGCUGUCUUCCGAGGGUGCUACACCCGUCAUCACUUCUCAGCUGCAGGAUAGCAACACCGAAGCGGAAACUGCGGUGUUGAAGGAAGAAGAGCUGCUGCUGCAACAUGAAAGGCAGCAGAAGCAGAACGCUCCAAGCCAACAACAGCUGGUGCUGACGCCUCUGAUUUUCCUCCAGGCUAUUGCCGUUCACUCUCGAGAUCCCGAAUUCAAGGCCAAGAAAGCGGCUAUUGACCAAAACCAUUCGGAACGGAUAUUUGAUUUGCUGAGGCGUGGACGGACGCUGGAUCCAAUUGUGGCGGUUUGCCAUAAGCGACUGCAACAGUCUUCGUGGCCAGAGUUCGCCCUUCGUCUAGAAAGUUGCGAAGGCAUGGACGCGUUCAUCCUCUGCCUCGUCUCUCCCGCCACGAGCAGCGGCAACAGCAACGAUGUAUCCGCACCAUUGGGGCUUUUGGAGGAGUUUUCUGCGUUUCUCGACGAGGCUGAAAGCCUGAAUCUCGAGUUGGAUUCUCUCGCGGCCGUGUGUCUAGACAGCGAGACGCUUCCCGAGACUGGGGAGAAGUAUGCCCCUGUGCGAGAGGCGGUGUACCGUCACGGGCAUUGCUUCGCCCUCUUUAAGGGAGAAUCGCUUCAGGGGGUUUCUUCGCGCGUCGACGCCUUCAAGUCACGACUAACCGACGCGCUGGGAAGCGGCCGAAAAGACAGCAACUCACCUAGUGGUGCUGAUGAUAGGUCCUCCGAAAAGGCUGCAGCAGCGGCAGCUGCCGAGGCACGUGGGGAGACACCCGACAUCACAGCAGCAGCAGCAGCAGGGUCGGUCGCAACAGCAGGAGGAAACAUUGGCGAGACUUUCUGGGAAGAACGCGCAGCAGCAGCUGCUGCGCUCUCCAGUGUACAUACGCGCGCCUACGUGCAAAAACGGCUUUGCGACUUAAACUUGGGAGAUACACGGCACGCCACGCAGGAGCCUUCGCAUUAG